UGUGUUCUUAGUCUAUGUCAUUUACACCUGUUCAUGUCAGGGCGGGCGGCGCCCGCCCGCAUCUCGGCAGGUGUCUAGCUCAUUCAUAAGAGACAAAACUGUAGCAUGAUGUGUGCAAAAUUCUACUAUAGCUACCUCUCAAUCCAAAGCAGAUGGAACCUUCGGCUGACGAUGUCCAAAUUACAGCUGCCUGGGGUCUGCAUUACUUAGCGGUGCGUCGCUUUCUUAAUACCAGGGCGAAACGAUAACAGAUACCCAUAUCAUGUGCGGCUACCAGUACAUACGCAUGGCCCAGGCUACAUUUUGGACCUAUGAUUAUGUUUGUUGUCUUCACGAAGAGUGGACAUUCCUGCGUCAGUCGCGCUGGACUAGGGUAAAAGUCAUUUAUAUAUUUGCACGAUAUGUCCCCUUUUUCUCCAUGACUAUGGGCCUAUAUAUGACCUUCGCACCGGUCGAGAACCCCAAUAAAUGCAGGGUGCUAAUCAAUAUUUACUCAUGUUUUGGACUGAUAUCACUCACUUGCUCCGAAUGCAUUUUUGUGCUCAGAACAUGUGCGCUUUGGAACAACAAUCGGAUCUUACGCGCAGUCAUGCUAACCACUGUUCUUGCUAUUAUUGCAAUAUCCACCGGCCUUCGUUUUGCGGCACUAGCCCUCUCAUAUGUCGUCACCAGCGUGAUCCCAGGCAUCACAGGCUGUUACUGGGUCUUGGGCGGUGUCUGGUAUUCCAUGUCAUUUGUUCUCUUGCUUAUAUCUCAAGUGGGACUGUUCUCCCUCACACUCAUACAUGUCAUACAGAGCUGGCGUACAGCCAGGGGGCAUCUGUACUCUAUCCUGGUAAAGCAUAACAUAUUCUACUAUGCAUGCGGUCUCCUUCUCUCGGCCAUGAAUGUGCUCAUACCGUUGAUGUUUUCCGAUUCCUUAUUUCACUCCUUUGAAGAUUUGGAAGUCUGUAUCCUUGCGAUCAUCGCUACGCGCAUGCACCUCCAUCUCUGGCAUGACGACCAACACGUGAAUAUCUCUGGUUUGCAGACAUUCCUAUCAAAUACUUGCAUAUUCGUCGGAUCGGAGCCCGAGGUGACCGAGCCUUGACCUCUGAGUCAAGAACGUGAUAGAUUAGAAUGUACUUCAUAUCGAUCGAAACCACGAGUGACGAGGGUCAAUCAGACUUUGCUAUUUGCGUGUACAUACAACGAACAGACAGACGUUUCAAAAAAUAUUCGAGUCAGAUUGAACGAGAAGAAAGUGUGGCAAAAUGGAAAACAUAAGCAUGAGUCGUACAAU